AUGCAGUUAUCAGGAAUGAAUUGGUUUUCAAAUUUCCAAGGUCAAAAUUUGAGCUGGAAAAAUGUGGGACUUCAUUAUCUUGCUACACAAGUAUAUUUGCCUUCUUCCCCCAUCAUGGCUGCCAUGUGGUGUCCGAUCAUCGGUCUCCUCCUUCUCCUACUCCCACUCGGGCCCUCCUCCGCCAUCAAGUUCCCACUCAUAGGCAACGUCUACCCUGAUGGCCACUUCUAUGCUACGUUGCAGAUUGGUAAGCCCUUGAAGCCCUACUUCCUGGACAUCGACACUGGCAGCAACCUCACUUGGCUGGAGUGUAAGCACCCGGAUCACGGCUGCAAGGGCUGCAACCAGAGGACACCACACCCAUAUUACAAGCCAGCAGCUCAUAACUUGAUGGUGAGAUGUGACAGCUGGAUAUGUGCUCAACUGCGCAAAGACCAGCCUGGUAGUCCUCAAUGCCCCAACAGCGAUCCACAUCGAUGCCACUAUGAUAUCCAAUAUGUCUCCGGGAGGUCAAAAGGCGACCUUGCCAACGACAUGAUCUUUAUCAAUAGGAGAGAUGAUAUGAACUACGUUUUCGGAUGUGGAUAUGAGCAGGAGGAGCCAUUAGAGCAGCCAUCGCCACCGGCGGUAGAUGGCAUCCUUGGACUCGGGAGGGGAAGUGUAGGAUUUGUCGCUCAACUCAAGGCACAAAAGAAGAUAGUCAGGAAUGUCAUUGGACAUUGCCUCAGCAUCCAUGGAAAUGGGAACCUUUACAUUGGGGACUUCAGGCUGCCCCCAGGCGACGUCACCUGGGCACCCAUGAGUACAUCAUUGCCUUACUACUCACCCGGCCCAGCAACACUGCUCUAUGAUGAACAGCCGAUAAGAGGCAGUCCAGCAUUCACCACAGUAUUUGACAGUGGAGCCACCUACACCUACACGCCUGGCCAGAUAUACAAUGGCCUUGUUUCAAAGGUUCAAGACACCCUCCAUAAAUCAUCACUUAAAGUGGUGAAGGAUCGUGCUCUGCCUCAAUGCUGGAAAGGAAAAAUGCCAUUCAGAUCUGUCGACGAUGUGAAGAAUGAAUUCAAGCCACUGUCGCUAAAAAUUACCCAUGCCCGCGGCACCAGCAACCUGGACAUCCCUCCUGAAAACUACCUCAUCGUGACGAAAGACGGGAAUGCGUGCUUGGCCAUCCUCGAUGGCUCGUCGGAUCGUGUUCUGAGGCAUCUCAUCUUAAUUGGAGAUGUUACGAUGCAGGAUCUGUUUGUGAUAUAUGACAACGAGGUCAACCGUAUCGGAUGGGUCCGUGCACAGUGCGACAGGAUGCAGGACCUUGAGUCUGUCAUCAUCGAUUCACGUCUCUGA